AACUGAAUAUUGCUUUAUGUUUUGGGUAAAAUGAAAAAAAAAACUUAAAAUUACAAUUCAGCCCACAUUAUUCGGGAAACCCUAUUUACUCGUGCGCUUUUGGUCGUCUUAAAUCAGUUCUCGUUGUGAUCGUAAUAAAGUCUUUGCUCACUCAUUGGAGAUGACGAUUUUGCACAACAACAACUCGAUUUCAUCUCACCUCUGACAACGCCAGGAGCUGAAGUCAAAAAUCUCUUACAACAAUCUCCCAGAUCCGUCUUUUGUGUUUCUUCUUGUUGUUCAUAAUUACUGCUAUGGGGGAGAACGGAAGACACAGGUGGUUCUCCUUUCACCACCACCGCUCAGCUUCCGCCACGUCUAUGCCACAAAAUAAUCCCGGCGAAACUCCGGCUGAAUUCCUCUGUCCAAUCACCGGAUUUCUAAUGUCCGACCCCGUCGUCGUAGCAUCGGGUCAGACAUUUGAGCGUAUCUCCGUCCAAGUUUGCCGGAAUCUCGGGUUCGCGCCGAAGCUCCACGACGGAAGUCAACCGGAUUUGUCAACGGUAAUCCCUAACCUCGCCAUGAAAUCAACAAUUCUCAGCUGGUGUAAUAGGAAGAAGGUGGAGCAUCCACGGCCUCCUGAUUACGCUUACGUCGAAGGUGUGGUUCGUGCCCGUAUGGAUAAAGAACCCGGUACGGGUAACCGGGUCGCAAGAUCGGAGAUUUUGCCUCCCGUGGCUGAGAAUUCGCCGUCGGAUUACGACUCCGUCAUGGGAGCGAUUCGAGCUCGGUCAAGAAACUCGAUAUCGUCGUCUACUUCCCUUCCUCUUCACCAUCACCGACCAGUGACUUAUUCAUCGUCAUCAGAAGUUUUCGCCGGAGCUGAGAAUCCAAACCCGAUCCAGAGCUCAUUCUCUACCUCCGAUUACUCAUCUUUCCCUCCGAUGUCAGAAGAAGAGGAGGAGAUUUACAACAAAAUGAGAAGCUCAAACACUGUUGACCACGAGCAAGGACUGAUUCUUCUCAGGAAGACGACGAGAUCCAGCGAAAGCUCGAGGAUUUCGCUCUGCACUGAACGGCUCCUCUCCUUGCUCCGGUCACUGAUCGUGUCACGGUACAACAUCGUUCAGACCAACGCCGCCGCGUCGCUGGUGAACCUCUCGCUAGAGAAACCGAACAAGUUGAAGAUAGUACGGUCUGGAUUCGUUCCUCUAUUGAUCGAUGUUCUGAAGUCGGGCUCAACGGAGGCGCAAGAGCAUGUCAUCGGAGCUUUGUUCAGUUUAGCGGUUGAGGAAGAGAACAAGAUGGUGAUCGGAGUUCUCGGAGCGGUGGAGCCGCUGCUCCACGCUCUGAGAUCAUCCGAGAGCGAAAGAGCCCGUCAAGACGCAGCUCUUGCGCUUUACCACUUGUCGUUGAUACCCAACAACCGAACCAGGCUGGUCCGAGCUGGUGCGGUGCCGAUGAUGCUGUCGAUGGUGAGGUCCGGCGAAUCCGCGAGCAGGAUACUUUUAUUGCUGUGUAACCUCGCCGCUUGUUCGGAAGGGAAAGGAGCGAUGCUUGAUGGAAAUGGGGUGGCCAUACUUGUUGGGAAGCUUCGAGAAGGUGGAGCUGAUUCAGAGGCGGCGCGUGAGAAUUGCGUGGGGGCUUUGUUGACGCUAAGUGUAGGGAAUAUGAGGUUUAGGGGACUGGCGAGCGAGGCUGGGGCGGAGGAGAUUCUGACGGAAAUUGUGGAGAGUGAGGGUGGAAGCGAGCGGUUGAAGGAGAAGGCGAGGAAGAUUCUUCAGGCAAUGAGAGGCGGAGAGAGGGAGUUUGGAGAAGGUGCGGAGGCGCGUGAGUGGAACCGGAUGUUGGAAGCGAGUGGGCUAAGUCGUUCUCAGUUUCAAGGAGGACAAAAAGAAGGUUUCGCUUAUUCUUCUCAAUUUUAACGUAAUUCAAACCCUUUUUAAUUUUUUUAUUGGUACAAAUAUUUUUUUCCAAGGUUUUUUUUCACUCUCUACAUUUUUUUUUUUCGUUUUACUAUGUAUACUCUUGAACAAAGAGAGGUGACAAUUAUUUUGGGAGUGAAUUUGUAAUAUUUUGAUUGGUUUCUUACAAUGAAAACGACAACAAAGGUGAAAAUGUGCGUUCGUUUGCUCG